AACAAAGUCGCGCCCCAGACAUUAGCCCCCGGGAGGAAUGUCUAGGAAACGGCCAAAAUGGCCAAUUAAUGUCUGGAGACAUUAAGAUAGGAGCCCUGGUGACCCAGCACUGGUCGACCGACACGCUGCCCGCAUCCCUUGGCGAGAACCUGUUCAUAAGUAGCGCACCAAAUCCGUUUGCCAGUCACGUGCUGGCCCCGCUGGCGCCGCGGCUGGGCAAGGGCAAGGACGGCCCGGAGCCCUGGAAGUGAGUGGUUUUGGCUGGUGGACAUCAAGCACGUGUAUUGACGUGCUUGAAAAAACGCAACACACAGCGACGUGGAGAUCGUGGGUUGAGGCCUCGACCCGGCUUGUAAACUUCGUCCCUCUUUUGAUAAAUGCGAUCAGCGUCCUUCUGGAGUUCACUGCCAUGCGCGCCGAUGUGCGGCUCCGGUGCGGUGCGGGUCUGACGAAGUGGUGAUGAUUGAUGAGGCCGUCAGGCCGCUGAUGCGAAGUACGGACAGGUCGAGGCCUCGGUUGGCCUCGGCGGGCACAGUCUCGCGGCAAGCCUGUGCGUGCGGCCAAUUCCGGGAUGCAGUGCGCCCAAAGGCUCCGAAUGCAAUGGGCAGCAGGUAGAGGAGAUGCGAAGAGAACUGGCGCAGUUUGCACUUCGCAGAUCAAAGCGCUGUGACAGUGGAUACGCACAGUGGAUACGGUAGAUGCUUAAUGAUGCGCUGUUCCCCUCGCCUGCAUCAUGCAGAGGUGUCCAUAGUGCGCCAGUGCUCUGUGUUCCCAGUGCGACGAGCAAAAAGCUGCUUGCUGUGGGCACCGUGUUGCGGCCACAAGCCGUGGAGAGCAUGCGGGAAGAUGUCUUGCA